AUGAAGGAGGAUGGUGUUGGGAAGGAUGGCGGCGAGGUGUUAUCGCCCCGGUCCGCAGCAAACGAUCCAAAGUUGCGUCUGCCGGUCUCGACAGAUCCUCCAGGACCACAGAAUCCUCCCAGGCAGCUCGUAUGGCUGAUCUUUGGCGCAACAGGGCAUAUGGGCCGAUCUCUCGUUCGGGCUGCUCUUAUACACAAUGAUCCCGUGUGCGCAAUUGGCCAGUCCCACUCGACAGACACGGUUGAGUCGAUGCGCUCCCUCCAUGUUGUCUCACCUUCAGAUUCAACAACUGAAGAGCCGACUCCACACCAUCUAAAUUAUCUACCUCUCCUGUGCGAUGUACGCGUCCGUACGACUGUCUCUUCGGCCCUCCAAUCUGCCCUAUCCCACUUCGGGGCCAUAGAUAUUGUUGUAAAUUGCUCUGGACAUGGCAUCAUUGGCGCUUGUGAGGACCAGUCUGAGUCCGACGUCCGGAACCAAUUCGAGACAAACUUCAUGGGUACGUUAAAUAUCAUCCAGAUGUCACUGCCCUACUUCCGCGAGCAACAUGGCGGUAGGUACGUGAUCUUCAGCAGUAUAAGUGGAGCACUAGGCGUGCCCGGGCUUGGCCCCUAUUGUGCUACGAAAUAUGCGGUGGAGGGCCUGAUUGAGAGUAUGCUGUAUGAGGUGGAUGCUUUUGGCAUCAAGGCUACUUUGGUGGUGGGAGGCCAUAUGAGGCGGGAUGAAGGGCGAGAAGUAGUGGAGAUACGAAAAGACGGGACUUCGCGCGCGCAUCUACCUGCUCAUCCCACAGGAACGGAAAGCGGGAGCGGGAGCUUGAGGGAGAAUCCUCCUCGGCCCUUCCAGCACUUCCACAUCAAGCCGGCUAGCGCUCCAUACGCCAGCAUCACUUCCCCUGCUGGCCACUUCAAACGUAUGCUUCAGUGGAUUGGUGACAAGCAGCCUGCUUCCGCCAUUCGAUCUGCUGAGCUGAUCUGGCAGCUCGGUCACUGCUCCUUUCCGCCACUGAGGCUACUGCUGGGCAGCUACGCAGUCGAAAGUAUCCGGGAUCGGCUAAGGAGUAUUAUCGAAGAGAUUGAGGAUUGGAAGCAUUUGAGUUUCGCGGCAGUAGAGAUGGAUACGGAAAUGCCUGGGGAGGGUAAGGGGCACUUACCGGAUGGGGUGGGAGCAGACGGUGAGGAAGAACGAGAUGCACAUGAAGAUGGUGAUGAAGAAAGAGACGUUGCCAUGGAUGGGUGGUCAAGCUAG